AUGUCAUCGUCAGGACACGGCCAGCAUGUUCUUUUAACCGGGGCAAACGGUUUUGUCGCAUCGCAUAUCCUCUCUAUCUUGCUGGAUGCUCAGCGUGGCUACACGGUGACCGCGACAGUGCGAUCUCAAGCAAAAGCGGACGAAGUGGUUAAGGCUCACCCUGAUUGGAAAGGGAAGAUUGAAUUUGCGAUCGUGUCGGAUUUCACCUCCCAAAAACCGUUUAACACCUUGUUCGAAGAGAACAAAAUUGCCUUCGAUUAUGUCAUUCAUACGGCAUCCCCAUUGAAGUUUGACAUUAAGGAUAUCCAGAAAGAAAUGAUUGAACCGGCUGUCAAGGGCACGACUCAAAUUCUGGAAAGCGCUCACCAACACGGUGGAAGCGCGCUCAAACGCUUCAUCCUUUUAGGCAGCGCGGUCUCAGUCCUGGAUUCCUUCGAAGACAUGAGUCGAGAAGGACGCCCAUACACCGAGAAAAGUUGGAAUCCAGUAACUGCGCAACAGGCAAUCGAGCGUAAUGACACAGUGCUGGGCUAUAACGUUUCUAAGACCCAAGCCGAGCGCAAAGCCUGGGAAUUUAUGCAGGCAAAUAAUCCCAACUUUGACCUCACAGUUAUUAAUCCCGAUAUUAUCACUGGACCCAUGAUCCAUCCAAUCACCGGGAAGGGGUCGAUCAAUGAAACUAAUCAUUUUGCCAUUGCGAGCUUCAUCGACGGGACUAAUUCCAAGGUUGAGGACGUACGGUUUCCAUUCUAUCACUUUGUCGACGUGCGCGACGUGGCAAGGAGCCAUGUGGAUGCACUUUCUAAUCCCGCUGCCGGAGGGCAGCGUAUCCUGCUGAUCUCGGGGCUUAUUACACCGCAGCUAGUAGUCAAUAUCAUCCGAAAGCAUUUUUCAGAACUACGCGAAAAGGUUCCGGUCGGUAUACCGGAUAGGGUACUGCCUGAGGGGGUGCAUCCUACCGGGUGGGAUAUGCGAGUUAGCUUAGACGUGCUCUCCAAGGGAAAGGGCAGUCAGUGGCAGUAUAUUGGCUUGGAGGAGAGUGUGAAGGAUGCAGUGCAGUCUAUGCUUCAGCACAACGUGUUGCCUGUAUAA